UUUCGGUGUAUUGAUUUUUGUUAUCAGUAAGGAGGCGUGAUAUACUUCGAAUUAAGGCUGGCUGUAUUAUGCGCUUACGCUUUCAAACGCAUAUGUUUGCAGAAUGUGGAGAACCCAUCUGUUCGCAACUUUGAAUUUUCUUCUAAUUCUUAGGAAAGGGGCUGCGUUUAAUCCUUGUGACGAUGGAAACCAUUUUCUACUUCCAAACGCAGGAUGGAGAGGGACAGCAUGUAAACGCACCAGAGAUACCAGUAUUUGUGACAGAUAUGUUGAAACAGGUGCGAACAAAUGGUACAAAGUCUUGGGUCAUGACGACAAAAGUCCACGAAAAAUGGCAGAGGAAAUAGCUGAGAUGUUUCAUUGUGGAACGGAUUAUCCAUUAUAUCUUCCCAAUGGUUCCCAUCCAACAUCGGACGGAACAAUUGUAACGAGGAAUGCCUGCCUGCAUGUUGGUGCUGACAAAUGCAAGGAGCAAUACGCUGUACAGAUUCUGAAAUGUGGAACGUUUUUCUUAUAUAAUUUAUCUCGACCAAACAGUUGCGACAUAGCAUACUGCUUUGGGGAAAAUGAAACUUGUUCAAAACCUGAUCCAUGCGAAGAAAAAAAUCGAUUGACCCUCCUUGUGUCGGGAGAUCGAUCAACUAGCUGCAAAGACCAGUCGUUAAAACUCUGUGACUCUGUCUUGCGAAGCAGUUGGUAUAGACCGAUGAAGAAUUCUAUUGAUGUCAAAAUGGCGAGCUCUUGUGUUGAAAGAUAUAGCUGUGGAACUGAGGAACCGAUCUGGCUGAAAGGAGCAGAACCAACUCUAGCUGAUAAAACAGUUGAUAUGAAAGCCUGUGUAACAGUAGCGAAAUCAGGAGCCUGUUCUUGUGACAUGGAAAUCGACAUUCAAGUUCGAAAUUGUUCAUCAUACCUUGUUUACAAUUUAUCUUCAACUCCCAGUUGCCCCCAAAGAUAUUGUUUUGGACAAAAGGGACAAUGCCAUGAGAAUGUAUAUGAUUCCAAUUCCAUGUGGAAGGAACCUUCAAAGAUCGUGCUAAUAUCUCUGGCCAUGGUGAUAGUACUCGCUUUACUUGUCAUUCUUGGGUUUAUGAUACAUAAAAAUAUUUUCAGACCAGUGGUAAAAGUAAAUGUACAGCCAAGCAUUAAAGAGAAAGACAACCGUGAUGCCAAUUUGGACGAUAUAAUAAAACCGAAAUAAAUAAACACAUUAAAACUCAGUUAAAACACCGUUUUCUUAAAUAUAUGUUCAAUCAUCUAUUAAUAAGCUCGUGCAUACAUAGUUAAUUAAGCAAAUGUUUGUUAUUUGAAUAAAUAUUUCAAAAUUUUAAUUUUGUAAAUAAGUUGCUUGUACAAAAUUUGAUAUUUCAUAUAUUCUCAUUUAUUAUACUUUUGCAUGUCUUUUUUAUAAAUGUUUAGGAAUUAAACUGUUUUUCUCUUGAUAA